UGUUUACUUUCCUCGCUUUAUCCACAACAAACCGGCUCAAUUUAUUCUCAGCGAUAUCUAUUUUGCUCAACCAUGUCCAAUACCGAUAGUAGUGAAGAUGAAACAAAUGAGCUAUUACUAUCUGCGGUAGAUACUUCUUUUCUAAGUGAUAAUCUUUACAAAACACCGUCAACCGUCAACGAAAGCAAGAAACGCGCCGACGAGAAAACAACUCCUGCUCCAUGCGUCAUUACAGCUACCAAACAACCGGUCCCCAAAUCGAAUCGCUACAUAACCGAAGAUGAAACGUUCUUCCACAGCGAGCUCAAUGUGACGGCUUUGGUACAAAAGCAUGUGGCCGACAAGUUAACCAAUGUUAUCGGUUCCAUAAUAGAAUUUGAUGAUUUUGAGGACACGAAUCACAUGAAGACACCAAGGCGGGAUACAUCAAACGAUAACAGUGGAGUGAAGCUUUUAAAAGGCUUUGAUGAAGUUAUCGAUGUGAAUGCGGAGCAAAUGCAACAGCCAGUCGUGCUGCUGAAACCGAAAGCAAUUAAACGACGGAAGGUUGAAAGUGAGCCAGAAAUAGACACUUUUGAGCAACUAGCUUCUGCGGUUUGCGAUCCUACCGCUUUCCCGAAAGAGGUACAGCAAUGGAAAGGCCCCCGGAAACGAUCAAUUGAGUUCCAGUACAAAAAGAAACAGGAUGGUACUUUGCUCGAAAAGCCUAACUCUAAUGUUAAUGAAUUUACUAAAGCACGUAAUGCAAGAAUGUGGCAUGAAAGUAAGAUAAGAAAGUUCAAAAAGCACAUAUGAAUUGGAAACAUAAAAACAGAUUAAAAGUUUA